UCGUCCACACAGGUGUGCUUAAUUCCAAUCAGCAGAGCGGGAGCAGGCGGCGCUGAACCAAUCAGAAGUCACUCCUCUGCAGUAAGACUGGUCUCCACUCGCCAUGAAGAAUCCAGCUCUGGGUUCCAUCCAUCUGGAACCACCUGGACUCCAUUCCCCCAGGAAAUGUCACCGCAGCCUCUGAACCCUCGGCCCAAACCUCCAGCCUCUGGACCGUCAGCCCAAACCUCCAGCCUCUGGACCGUCAGCCCAAACCUCCAGCCUCUGGACCCUCGGUCCAAACCUCCAGCCUCUGGACCGUCUGCCCAAACCUCCAGCCUCUGGACCGUCAGCCCAAACCUCCAGCCUCUGGACCCUCGGUCCAAACCUCCAGCCUCUGGACCGUCUGCCCAAACCUCCAGCCUCUGGACUGUCAGCCCAAACCUCCAGCCUCUGGACCGUCUGCCCAAACCUCCAGCCUCUGGACCGUCAGCCCAAACCUCCAGCCUCUGGACCGUCAGCCCAAACCUCCAGCCUCUGGACCCUCGGUCCAAACCUCCAGCCUCUGGACCGUCUGCCCAAACCUCCAGCCUCUGGACCGUCUGCCCAAACCUCCAGCCUCCCCAGUUCUCUCCAUCUCCACCUCCGACCACCACCCAGCUGACAGUUCUCCUCUCCAGUCAGUCAGUUCUGCUUAUUCCCACUAUGAGCAUUCCUGACCACUAAGUUAUUCCAGGUAGUUUGUUAGUUGAGAGUAGUUUCCUUCUAGUGAACAUUUCUGACUUACCUGUCUAGUAGGUUAUCUUGAAUACUUGUAGUUUUUGGCUUCUGCGUUGUCUAUCUGAGUUGUAGUCGGAAUUUCUGAUCUGUAGCGUAUUCUUGUGCCGUUCGAGGAACUACUCACCCUCGGUUAAUUCGUGUUCUGUAGUACUUUGUUGUUGUUGUUUUAUUUGCCUUCCUGCCUCGGUGUUGCCUAACGUGGGUGGUCGUUCUUACUUUUUAUAUUCUAAUAUUCUCCAGCCUGUAAAGCUUCGGCUGUGUAUGCGCAGCAUUUUUUGCGCCACUUUUUGUUGUGGUCUUCCAACGAAUAUUGUAGUUUAGAGUUUUUGGAAGUCGCUAGAGUUGCAUCACGUCCUGUUGCAGUCUUGUGGACUUUUUCUGUAGUCCCGGCUUUCCUCAGUUUGUGUAGUCGUCGCUUUUUAGUUGCAUCACUCCCCAUAGCAGUUCCUUAGCCUAGCUUUCUAAGUUGUGUCUGAAUUUUUGUCUUAGUCUUUUUUUUAACCUGAUCUGUCUUGAUGUCCAUCCUGGGUCUGAGCUUGCCUGGAAAAUCCAGACUGACUUUAUUUAUGUAUUAAUAUAAAUACAAAUAAAGGCAGUCUGGCAUUGUGAUGAUAGGAGACGAUUUCAAAAAGGAGGGGCUAACGAAUGCAGCUUGAACGAGAAAGAACCAAUCAACGUAACACGGAUGUGACGCACAAACAAAUUGACCUUGAAGUCCAUGUAGUCCAAACAACAAUGGCAUGCAGCCGAGAAAGCGUCGCGGUGAUUACUGCCGUUUUUGUCACAAAAAUCUGUGAAUACAUGGGGUACUCUGAAGUACAACACUUAUUUUUGAAAAGGCUACGCAACAAAAGACUCCUUCCGAACGAUUAGCGGUGUUAGGAAUAACUUUGAAUCGGAGCCAAACCAAGUCGGUGCGUAUGUGUAAAAGUUGCUUAAAUUUACUCACACGUUUGGAACGGGAUUUUCCUCUGUACAAACAACGGCAAGAAGCCAAAAGUAACGAGCCAUCCACUGCCUCCUCAUCGUCGGAAACGUCAAGUGAAAAGAGGCAACGACUAACGCCAUCCACAACACCAAGAGACCACAAAAAGAUUCGCUUUGGCCCCCCCCUCCUCCUCCUCCAGCAUCAUCUUUAUGGGUAAUCCAGGCGCUGAAGAUGACGCAGCAUUAACUCCCGCCUCCCGUGCUAUGAUUGGUCGUACCAAACUGGACCGGGAGGGAAACGCGAUUCAAUUCGCCCAAUGCCAAACUGACUCUCCUGUAUCUCCUAACAUGGAGAUAGGAGAUUACAUGGAGAUUCAGUUUGGAUUUUCCAAGCUAGGUCUGAGCCUCAGUCAAACCCGUAACACGACUAAAAGACAUAAAAGGUGACUCAAGGCACCACAAAAAUACGUAAAAAUGUGGCACAAAAAGACAUAAAAUGAGCACAAAAAGAUGUAAAAUGUCUGCUACGUUACACAAGUUCACCACAUUGACAAAAAAUGACCAAAAUGUGACAAAAAAAGACAGUGACACAAAACAACCACACAAAGAUGUAAAAGGUUCAAAAUGUGAUGCAAAACAACUCCAACAUGCCGUGAACCUUUGAAGAACUGCAGUUUUUGACGCUUCUUGUGCAUUUCUACCCAGAUGAGCUAACAGGCUCUGGUUGUCGGACAUGCUAACAUGCUAACACGCUAACUCAGGUGACACGUGGAGGCAGAACAUCAGGUAGAAAAGAUGACAGAGAGGAAGAUGAGCUGCUGUCAGCGGGAGGCUGUGAUUGGCUGGGAUCACCACCGUGUGUGUGUGUGUGUGUUUGUGGUGUGUGUGUGUUUGUGUGCACACGUAUGAUUGUGUUCAUUUCCUCUCCUCUAUGAGCUCACGCCAAAAUAAGCUCAUUACCAUCACAGGAGCCAAAGCCUGGAAUUCAGAAAUUCAUUAGUCGACGAUUUGCAUCGACUCGCUCUCUGCUGCAGCGGGAGUGUGUGUGUGUGCAUGUAGCGUGUGUGUGCAUGUAGUGUGUGUGUGUGUUUGUGUGUGUGCAUGUAGAAGUGUGUGAGUGUGUGUGUGUGUGUGUGCACGUCCUCCCUCCUUCCUUCCCGCUGGCUGCAGGCUCUCUAACCCACUCCUACCUGCUCCUCUUCAUGGUUUCUCUUCCUCUUGUGAGGCUGAAUUAAAAUGUUCCCCCUCGCUCUGCCGAAGGUUUGAGCUCCGCCGCGAUUCAUGUUCAAAGAAGUGCAGUCUGAGAAGCAGAGACUGACAAUUACCGCAACAAAGGCAUGACCGACAGGGAGAGGAGCUUUAAUUGAGUUAAAAUUGAGUUUCUGAAUAGAUCAUUGUGAAUAAAUAUAGUUCCUUUCUGGCGGGGUGCACUCCAGCGCAGGAGAGGCCAGAUAUGAAAUCUUUCUCAUGGUCUUUUUUUCUUUUUUCUGCUCUUUCAUUUCUCUUCCGGCUGCGUAUUCAUUUUCCGUCCCGUUCUUAUCUGUGAUAAAGCCAUGACCUGAGGUGCAAUAUCAAAGAUGGAGCCGAGGGAAGCGCCGGCCCAGAUACAUCCGACUUACACCCAGUUUGUUUCCGCCAGUAAACGGUCGAGUUGUGGAAAAUAGAGACGAAUGAAAAUCAGCAAAUCUUUUCUACCAGGAAGUAGUCGAGUGAAAAUGUUCAAAAUGUGACACAAAACCACCUCAAAAAGAUGUAAAACGACCAACAUUCUACACAAAAUGACGUCAAAAAGAUGUCAAACGACCAACAUUCUUCACAAAAUUACGUCAAAAAGAUGUAAGACGACCAACAUUCUACACAAGAUGACGUCAAAAAGAUGUAAAACGACCAACAUUCUUCACAAAAUUACGUCAAAAAGAUGUAAGACGACCAACAUUCUACACAAAAUGACGUCAAAAAGAUGUAAGACGACCAACAUUCUACACAAAAUGACGUUAAAAAGAUAUAAAACGACCAACAUUCUACACAAAAUGACGUCAAAAAGAUGUAAGACGACCAACAUUCUACACAAAAUGACGUCAAAAAGAUGUAAGACGACCAACAUUCUUCACAAAAUGACAUCAAAAAGAUGUCAAACGACCAACAUUCUUCACAAAAUGACGUCAAAAAGAUGUCAGACGACCAACAUUCUUCACAAAAUUACGUCAAAAAGAUGUAAGACGACCAACAUUCUACACAAAAUGACGUCAAAAAGAUGUAAAACGACCAACAUUCUACACAAAAUGACGUCAAAAAGAUGUAAGACGACCAACAUUCUACACAAAAUGACGUCAAAAAGAUGUAAGACGACCAACAGUCUACACAAAAUGACGUCAAAAAGAUGUAAGACGACCAACAUUCUUCACAAAAUGACGUCAAAAAGAUGUAAGACGACCAACAUUCUACACAAAAUGACGUCAAAAAGAUGUCAAACGACCAACAUUCUUCACAAAAUUACGUCAAAAAGAUGUAAGACGACCAACAUUCUACACAAGAUGACGUCAAAAAGAUGUAAAACGACCAACAUUCUUCACAAAAUUACGUCAAAAAGAUGUAAGACGACCAACAUUCUACACAAGAUGACGUCAAAAAGAUGUAAAACGACCAACAUUCUUCACAAAAUUACGUCAAAAAGAUGUAAGACGACCAACAUUCUACACAAAAUGACGUCAAAAAGAUGUAAGACGACCAACAUUCUACACAAAAUGACGUCAAAAAGAUGUAAGACGACCAACAUUCUACACAAAAUGACGUCAAAAAGAUGUAAGACGACCAACAUUCUACACAAAAUGACGUCAAAAAGAUGUAAGACGACCAACAUUCUACACAAAAUGACGUCAAAAAGAUGUAAGACGACCAACAUUCUACACAAAAUGACGUUAAAAAGAUGUUAUACAAAAAACAACAUGCCAGACAAAAUGAUCUCAAAAAUAUGGAAAACAACAAAAACGUGAUGCAAAACAACCUCAAAAAGAUGUAGUUACUCAAAGCUUUUGCAAAAUUACCACAAAAAGGUGAAAAACUAAAAUUUUACGCAAAACUACUACAAAAAGAUGGAAAAUGACCAGCCUGUUACACAAAACCACCACAAAAAGGUGAAAAACAAACAUUUUACACAAAAUGACCUCAUAAAGAUGGAAAAUGACAAAUGUGAAGCAAAAUUACCUCAAGAUGUAAUACAACCUCAAAAAGAUGUAAAGUAACCAACAUUUUACACAAAAUGACCUAAAAAAAAAAGGAAAAUGACAAAAAUAUGAAGGAAAACAACCACAAAACGAUGGAACGUUAGCAAAAAGUGUUGCAAAAGGACCAAGAGAGAUGUAAACUGUUCAAAAUGUGACUCAAAACCAUCCCAAAAUGAUAGAAAACAGCCACAUGAACAUCUGGAGAUCAGCCAGGAAACAAGAGGAGGAACCUCAGGAGGAGCCGCCAAGACUCCUAUGACUCAGUUCAUGUGGACACAUUUAGGUCAUUCUGGAUCUAUUUAGAAUGAUUUUAAAGAAGCUUUAAAACUUUUCAAGUCAUCUUGGAUCAGUUUUGAGUUCAUUGGAAUAAUUUCCAAGUAACUUUUGACAAGUUUUGAAUUGUUGAAACGUUUUUCAAACAGUUUUGGAGAAGCAUUUUUUGACAAAUUUGAAGUAUUCUUAGAGAGAUUUGGAGUAAGUCUUGACUCAUUUUAGACAAAUUUGGUCAUACGGACAAGUUUCCACACAUCUUUAGUCUUUUUGGACAUGUUAAAACUAUGAAAGAGCCAUUUAGACGUAUUUUUAGUCAGCAUGGUCAGACUUUGAGUCAUUUUGGACAAAUUUGGAAUCAUUUUUUACAGGUAUUCAGUUAUUUUUAGUACUUUUGGAGAGACCAUUUGUGUUAGGUUUAAAGUAAUUAUGGGUCAAUUCUAAGUUUGGAACAAUUUGUAUGUAGUUUUGGAGAAGUUCUGAGUCAUUUUGGAUCAUUUUUGAUGUAUUUGAAAUAAUCUUGGAGAGGUUUUGAGUCAUUUUCACUCUAGGAUGAAUUUGGGUCAUUUUGGGCAUAUUGAGGCAUUUUAUUUUUCACAGGUCUUAAGAUAUUUUUUGUCAUUUUAGACUAAGUCAUUUGUCUUAAAUGUAGUGUCAUUUUGUGUGAAUUUUUGAGUCAUGUUGGACAAUAUUGAGUCUUUUUUUUUUUUAGAGUUUUUAAGACAUUUUUAGUCAUUUUAGACUGACUUUAAUUCAUUUGUGUUCAAUUUUGUUUGCCUGGGGACCAGACAGUCUUUAUAUUGUGUAUUACAAAUACACAUAAAGUCAGUCUGGAACUGCUCCAUUGAACCAAAUCUAGCCCAGAGGCGGGACUACCGAUCACAGCUUGAAUUGGAGAGAGCCAAUCAGCGUAACACAUGUGUGACACAAUCACUAAGCGACCUAACAACUGCCUUUCCGCCAUGAUGUUUGUAGUUUUAACAGCUUCCUUCGCCGUACAGGGGUCCUGAGGAAAAUCUAAGCUCUCCCUUUCAACAGUGGAGGGCAGCAUUACGCAUUCUAUCGUACAGCCUGCCGGAAUUAAAAAUACAUCCUUUUUAAAAAGAAAAGCUUUAAGAGCUGCUUCUUGUUGAGGUUUUAAGGACAAAUUCAGCCCGUGCUAAACAGAGGAAAGCGCACAAGAGAAACCUCGCUCUGUUGCGGUCGCAUCGUAACUCCUGCCUCUGGUGCUCUGAUUGGUUCGGUCUGAUCUGCUCGGAGCUUGAAAACCUGUCAAAAUGUGUCAAUGGAGGAGGGCUAGACCGUAUUCCCGUAUAUCCCUUAUAACGGGAAUACAGUCUAGCUAAGCUAGGCUACAAUUUUGUGUGAUGUUUUGAGUCAUCUGGACAUGUCUGCGUCGUCUGUCCUUCUAGUCGUGGUUUUGCUGUUUCCAUAGAGGUCCAGGUUGUUUUAUUGCAGUGAUACACAAACAUACAGUGAUUAAAAUACGACUAUAGCUGCUGUUUGGAGUUGAGAGGACAUUAGAACAUAAAAUCUCAGUGUUGUUCUUGUAGGAAAACCUGUAAAUGAGUGUGAGCAUCCAGACUGGGGUUCUUCUGUUCCUGGAGCUCUUUUCUGGUUGUUUCUCCGUCAGCUCUGGUGGAUUAGCAGCACUGAGAUAAACAUUUAGUUCUCAGCAGAAGCGCUUCUUGUUCCGCCCACUCAGAGCUCAUGAUGGAUCGAUCUGGGUCGGAUGUUUGACUGAGACUAUUUAUUGUUCUGCUGAGGAGAUUAGGAUUUAACGUGGAGCUGCAGGUGAAGGGAGGACAUCAGGAGGAACAUCAGGAGGAGCGCUGGACGCUGCUCUAGGAAACUACUCCUGUAGGAAACUACUCCUCUCACUUUAUUAGAGAAAAGUCCAGCAAAGACUUCCUGCUGAGACAGUCAGGAACGUGUCACUUCCUCUUUUUACUCAUCUGGAGGGGAGCAAGGAGCUGGAGGAGGUUCAGGUCGGAGGGUGAAGAUGAUUAGUCCUGAACAAAGAUGAAACCACAGGAGGAAGGAGAGGGGGGAGAGGGAUGCCGUGGUGUUUCUGCAGCAGAACCGACGGAACGUGUUGGAACUGUGAUGAGCUCUGGAACCAGGCGCUGAACUCCCUACGCUGGCAGCAGCAGAAACAAGGCAAUUAGGAUUCAUGGAAAGGAGUCGCACAAGACGAGCUGAAAUAAAUGGAAAAGAUGGAUGCUGAAGAACAGCAGGAACAUCUGAGGAGGAAAACUGAUGCUGCAAAGACUGGAAACUGUUGAUGGAAGUCUGGGAAAAUCAGGACAGUCUCAGGUAAUUUUACAAUCAUGACCAGUUUUCCAAAGUGACCCGAAGCUUCUCCAAAUGUAUCUGAAACUUGUCCAAAAUGACUCAAAACCUGCCCAAAUUGACUUCAGUCUAAGUUGCCCUAAAGCUUGGUCAAAUUUACACAAAACUGACUUGAAGUUUUUCCAAAUUGACUUAAAACCAAAAUGACUCAUA